AUGCAUGUUCAUGCCCAUACAUACAGCCACACCGCCUUCAACCCCAAGUCCAACCCCCCUGAUAAACCCGGCGCAGAAAGACGUGGCCACCUCCGUUCCAUUGAUUCCGCAGCUGGAUGUAGCAGUCGGCAUGGUGCUAGUAUGUCCACGGAAAACGAACAAGAUCGGAACGAAAGUGUCCGUCGCCGCAGCCCCCGUGCAUCCCGAAAGGUCCCAGGCUUUGCCCUGUUGGGAUGCCACGGCGAUGCUAAGAGGUCCAUAGCCGCGAUGGAUUGCUCGCCUGGCCCACUUCGCCGGGUGCUCUUCAAAAGCAAGGGUGGUGAAGCUCGACUGCUACUGGUGGCCCUGAUGGUGGGCCAGAUGGUGGACCGCAACUUCACUUCGCUUCAGAGAGUUGAACGCAGCCUCGAGUUCAGGGCGACGCAAGGCUCGAUCGAGCACACGUGA